AUGCGCCUGACAGAGUUCAAUAUUUCUGAGCUUCCCAAGACGCUGUCCGAUACUGUUCAAGUUGUCAGAAAUCUUGGCCUGAAAUGGGUUUGGAUCGACAGUCUAUGCAUUGUUCAAGAUGACAAGGAAGAUUGGGCAAAGGAAGCCGUCAAGAUGGCUUCCAUUUACCAGAAUGCCCUUGUCACUAUCUCUGCUGACUCGAGCCAAGACGCCAAGGCAGGGUUACACAACGAGAGGUCUUCUUCCAUUCUCAAUGACAAGGACAGCAUGAAGAUAUGCAGCAAACUCUCAACCAACGAAGACAGCUCGAUCUUUCUGUUCCCAGAUCAAGAGACAAGAAUCGAUCGCUCGGCUACCAAUCUGCGAGAUAUGGGUGAUCUUCUAAGCCACUGCGCGCUCCGUGAUAGAGGAUGGACCAUGCAAGAGCGAAUAUUGUCACCACGCAUCAUUCACUACGCCGACGACCAACUCUAUUGGGAGUGUUUACACGGAAUCCACGAAAGCGAGGACGAGCUUUACUCAAUAGGUCGUAAUGUGAACAUCGCAAAGAUAGCGCAUCGGAUUAAAUCUGCGGAGAACGAGGAAGCGAAGAAGAAAGAACUCAAACAGAUGCUGCGCUACUGGUAUGUUCACCUUGUUGGGGGAGACUACUCGCAUCGAUCUUUGACAUUCAUUGAUGACAAACUCCUUGCCAUUAGUGGAAUGGCCAAAGCCCUCGACAGAAUUCACCCGUUUGGCUACAUGGCCGGCCAUUGGUGCGAAGACGAUGACGAGCUCGUCAAAAGUCUCUGCUGGAAGCGCGGUGGGCCAGGCAAUAAAGCGGCCAAGUAUCGCGCGCCAUCUUGGUCAUGGGCUAGUCAGGAUUCAGCGAUUGAUUAUGGCCAUUUCAGCAUAGCAGGAACUCUAGGUGACAAGAUCGUCGCAGAGCCUGUGGCUAUGGAGGGUCAAAGCCCCGAUGGGACUCCGUUUGGUCGAUACGAUAACGGGUAUCUUCAGAUCAAAGCCAGGGUCGGACACGGGAAACUAUUCCCAAACUGCGGGCAUGAUUUUAGCAACUAUCAACAGACUGGCGCUUUCGGUGGUUACACUGUCGAUCCUCUGAAGGAGAGAUGCGCGUUUCUGCUGCUCGAUGGCGCAGAAAAGUCUGAUCUAGUCUGGCUAGACGAAAGCCAGGCAACUAAAGAGCCUAUCACAGAGUCUAUAGACGUUCAGGUCGUCAUGCUUUCGGAGGCGGAAUCUGAAGGAGAAGGGCCACGUCCUGGAGCUUGCUUGAUCUGUACUUUGGACGAGAAGUACUACUUGACGAGGAUUGGAUUCACAGAGUCUCUGAAGUACUACAAAGAGGGACAAGAUAAAGAGUCUCCUCCGGUUUCUGGCGCGCGUCUUUGUGACAAGAAAGCCAUUACUUUGACCUUAAUCUAG